CCGCCGAACCCUCUUGCCUCUCCUUCACCGACCACCGGCAUAUCACCCUGACUCUUUUUUCUUCCUCGCCUAUCAUACCAGUGCAAAUGAGUUUCACCUCUGGUCUUGCUCUUCGCCGUGCAAUUGUUGCCAGACCAUGGCUGCACAAGAUGAUGGCUCCUAUCGCUGAAAAAUACAACGACCUUGCUGGAUACCGUAAGCUUGGCCUCGUCCGGGAUGACUUGAUCGCCGAGGAAAACGAAAUAGUCCAAGAGGCGCUCAAGCGUCUCCCCCCUAAGGUUGCUUACGACCGCGUGUACCGUCUACGAAGGGCGAUCCAAUGCUCGCUCGCGCAUACCAUCUUGCCAAAAGAGGAACAUACCAAGCCCGAGGGGGAUAUAUCUUACCUGAUGCCCUAUAUUGAGGAGAUUGAGAGGGAGAGGAAGGAGAAGGAGGAAUUAGAUUCUUUGACUCGUAUUAGAUAGGUUCGGAUGAGGGGUUGGAAAAAUAGUGCUAUAUCAGGAUUACGGGCCGAUGGGUGGGCCGAUUGAUGGAUGUACACACACAUGGGAGCGGGGGUGAUUCAGCGGGCAAAUGUUUAUACCAAGCGAAAAAAAAAUGUGUUCCCCUUCCGA